AAAAAAUUCUGCAACUGCUCUCAUUUUUGUGUUACUGUGAUUCUGAAUGUAAGUACCAAUUUUACACUAUUUACAGGAAAUAACAAAGACAGCAUGAGUGGGCUGUCCACUAUUUAGAAAUACUGUUUAUUUCAGUUGGUUCAAUAAUAAAAGGUCGGGUUAGAUUUUAGGAAAAAUGCUUGGUCGUAAAAAGGUCAGGUUAGAAUUUAGUAGAUAUAAAAUAAUGUCAAUGGUAUGCCUUUUUAGUAGUCACUAGUUCUAGGAUGACACAAACAAAUCUAUUUUCAAGUACUUGAAGUAGUCCCAACUAUGUUUAUUUGCAAAGAAUAAUGAAUUACAACGUUGGUAGUAACAAUAUUAGUAGUAGCUCAGUAUUGAGGACACUGGGAUUAAAGAACCCAAAGCUUUUGCUGCUACAAACUUGCUCAAACCUCUCUCAGUUGAAGAUCAUCCAUGGCCAUAUGAUCAGAACCCAUCUCAUCUUCGAUGUUUUCGCAGUCAGCCGCUUAAUUUCCUUCUGCAUAGAAACCCCAUUCAAAACAAACUUGCUGGACUAUGCCUCAAGAAUUUUCUCACAAAUUCACAACUCCAAUCUCUUCAUUUACAAUGCUAUGAUUCGGGGAUAUUCAGGAAGUGAAUACCCAAAUCAGUCUUUCAAUUUCUACAUCCAGUUGAGACGCCUAGGCAUCUCUCCUGAUAAUCUAACGUUCCCAUUUUUGGUCAAGUCAUGUACCCACUAUGGUUCAUUAGCAAUGGGUGUUCAAGCACACAGUCAAGUAAUCAAACAUGGGUUUGAACCCGAUGUGUAUGCACAGAAUUCUCUGGUUCAUAUGUAUGCAACGUUCGGGGAUAUUAAGGCAGCCACCCACAUUUUUUGGAGAAUGUCUUACGUAGAUGUAGUAUCCUGGACGUCAAUGAUUGCGGGUUAUGGCAAAUGUGGGGACAUUGAAUGUGCACGCAGGCUGUUCGAUAAAAUGCCGGAGAAAAACUUGGUUACAUGGAGUACAAUGAUUAGUGGGUAUGCCCGAAAUAACCGUUUCGAUAAAGCUGUUGAAUUGUUUCGGGUUCUUCAGUCCGAAGGAGUGCAAGCAAAUGAGGCAGUUAUGGCCAGUGUGAUAUCUUCGUGUGCUCAUUUAGGUGCUCUUGAACAAGGAGAAAGAGCGCAUGAUUAUGUAGUGAGAAACAAAAUGACUGUAAAUUUGAUACUUGGAACUGCUCUUGUGGAAAUGUAUGCUAGGUGUGGGAGUAUCCAGAAAGCUAUUCAGGUUUUCGAGGAGCUGCCUGAAAGGGACACACUUAGUUGGACAGCUUUGAUAGCUGGACUUGCUAUGCAUGGCUAUGCCAAGAAAGCGCUCAAGUACUUCUCAGAAAUGGUGAAGACUGGACUAACUCCAAGAGACAUUACAUUUACAGCUGUAUUAUCGGCUUGUAGCCAUGGAGGAUUGGUUGAAAGAGGUUUUGAGAUAUUUGAGAGCAUGAAAAGAGAAUACGGGCUUGAGCCUAGGUUGGAACACUACGGAUGCAUCGUUGAUCUUUUGGGCAGGGCAGGGAAGUUGCAGGAAGCAGAGAAAUUUGUUCUUGACAUGCCAGUGACACCAAAUGCCCCAGUUUGGGGUGCAUUGCUUGGAGCUUGUCGGAUUCACAGGAAUGCAGAAAUUGGGGAGAGAGUGGGAAACAUUUUGAUCCAAUUGCAACCAGAACACAGCGGUUAUUAUGUGCUUCUCUCAAACAUUUAUUCUCGUGCUAAUCAGUGGGAAAGUGCAACGAAAAUGAGACAAUUGAUGAAGGAAAAAGGAGUUAAGAAACCGCCUGGCUACAGCCUGAUUGAGAUAGAUGGAAAAAUACAUAACUUCACAAUUGGAGAUAAAUCACACCCAGAAAUAGAAAAGAUUGAGAGAAUGUGGGAUGAGAUUGUUAGGAAGAUAAGGGUGGCAGGAUACACAGGGAAUAUUGCAGAUGCAUUAUUUGACAUAGACGAAGAGGAAAGAGAGAGUGCCCUUCACAGGCACAGUGAGAAGCUUGCUAUUGCGUAUGGGAUAAUGAGGACUAAAGCUCGGACACCAAUUCGGAUAGUGAAAAACUUGAGGGUUUGCGAGGACUGCCACACAGCUACAAAGCUGGUUUCGAAGGUGUUUGAGAGAGAGUUGAUUGUUAGAGACCGGAACCGGUUCCAUCAUUUUAAAGAAGGUGCCUGUUCUUGUUUGGAUUACUGGUAAAUUCUGCGAUAUUAUCCAAAGCAAUUUUGGUUUUGAGAUGUAUUUACAAAUCAAAAUUUCCAUUUCACAAACAUUGAUUAUUUGAGAAAUUUUUGUUAAAUCCAAUAUUAUUCUCUAUCUUGAUAAA